UCUGUAUUGACUUGGCAAAUGGCAAUUGUCAAUGUCAUUAUUGUGUAAAAAAAAAAUCGUGUUGAUUUUUGCAAAUGAAUUGCAAUUAUUUUCAUUCUUUUCUUUGCUGAAAAUAAAAGAACAAACCCAUCAAAAUGUUUCAGUUUGGGUUCAACAUGUUUCAUGAGAUGACGAGACCGUUCAUCAUGACUUAUAGAUGCUUCUCGGUUUCGAUGAUGCCUGGAAAUGAACGGCAAGACGUUGAAAGAGGAGGAAAGAUUAUUAUGCCACCGUCUGCUUUAGAGCUUUUAACAAGGUUAAACAUAGAGUACCCAAUGAUAUUUAAGUUAACUAACAAGAAAACUAAAAGAAUAACACAUUGUGGAGUAUUGGAGUUUGUUGCAGACGAGGGAUAUGUAUAUCUACCACAUUGGAUGAUGGCAAACUUGGUGCUAGAAGAAGGAGCCCUUAUACAAAUAGAAAGUGUCUCUCUACCAGUUGCCACUUUCUCCAAAUUCCAACCACUCUCAGAAGACUUUCUUGAUAUCACCAAUCCAAAAGCAGUACUAGAAAACUGUUUAAGAAACUUCUCGUGUCUAACAACUGGUGAUGUGAUAGCAAUUAAAUACAAUUCCAAGGUUUAUGAGCUUUGUGUUCUGGAGACACAGCCAGGCAAUGCAGUCAUUAUAAUUGAAUGUGACAUGAAUGUGGAGUUUGCACCACCAGUUGGCUACAAAGAAGAAGACCACAUAACAAGAGGAGAAGGCAGCUCGGAAGUGACGGGCAUGGAGGAGGACCCGGCAACAAUGAUGCCAGAGCCCGAUGGCUUUGUGGCAUUCAGUGGGGAGGGAAACCGGUUAGAUGGCAAGAAGAAAAAACUUAUUAGUGAAAGUGAUUCAGAGCCACAGGCCUCUAAUUCUAGACAACCAUACGUUCGAGGCAUACCAGAUUAUGAUUAUGUGAUUGGCACAUUAAGAUUCAUCAGAAAUUCCAGACCAGUCAGUGCCAAGGAGGAGACUCCACCAGAAGAACCAUUCCAAGCAUUUAAGGGUGAAGGAUUCACUCUACGAACUAGCAAACCUAAGAACUGAGUAGCUUUACUAGCUUUUGCAUGAUCUACCAUAAGUUUUAUUGUAUUUUUGUUAAAUUUUUGUACAUAAAAUAUUAGACUUUGUACUAAAACAUUACACAAUUUACAAUUGAGAAAAAUAGAAAUAAGUAUCCUUCCUUUGUAAUCGGGCUGAAAUAAUUGUAAACCAUUCAUGGAAAUUAGUAAUUCAGUUAAAACACUUAUUGAUUUAGAAUCAAGUUCAAAUUAUUAUUGUAAUUUAUUCUUAAUUAAAAGAGAAAUAACAAUGAUUCAUUUGAUAAAA